UCAUCAUCAUCAUCAUCAUCGAUAUCUGUAAUAAAAUAAAACAAAAUAAUGAAAAAGAUUCUCUCACAUUAUCUUAUUUCUCCACUUGAUUCCCAGAAGACAAAAAAAAAAAAAAUCAGAAAAAAAGAAGAAGAGAGAAACCAUGUCUUCGCCGAGCAAGCGUAGAGAAAUGGAUUUGAUGAAACUGUAAUUUUUUUAAUCUUAUUAUCUUAUCAGUUUAUUCUUGAUUUUGAGCUCCGAUUUUUUUUCUAAUGUUUGUUUGGCGAUUUGAUUCGAUUUUUUUGUGAUGAUUUGAUGUGAGAGUUUAGGAUGAUGAGUGACUACAAGGUGGAGAUGAUCAAUGAUGGCAUGCAAGAGUUCUUUGUCGAAUUCAGUGGACCCAAAGACAGUAUAUAUGAGGGAGGUGUGUGGAAGAUAAGAGUUGAACUUCCUGAUGCUUAUCCUUAUAAAUCUCCAUCUGUUGGUUUCAUUACCAAAAUAUACCACCCUAAUGUCGAUGAAAUGUCAGGUUCUGUUUGUCUAGAUGUUAUUAACCAGACCUGGAGCCCGAUGUUCGACCUGGUGAAUGUGUUCGAGACAUUUCUUCCGCAACUUCUUCUGUAUCCGAAUCCGUCAGAUCCAUUGAAUGGUGAAGCAGCUGCAUUGAUGAUGCGUGAUCGUCCUACCUAUGAACAGAGAGUUAAAGAGUAUUGUGAGAAAUACGCAAAGCCAAGGGCGGAUACUGAGGAAAUGUCUAGUGAUGAUGAAAUGAGUGAAGAUGAAUAUGCCUCGGAUGGUGAUGAUGAAGAUGAUGUUGCAAUCGCCGGUAAACUUGAUCCUUAAUCCCGCAUUGGUCUUGAUAUGAAUCAUGUAGCUGGCUUAAUAGAUGGCUAAACCGGGGAUGACAAAAAGAAGCUGGUGACUUUGUAUGUAUCAUGUAUAUAUGAAUAAUCAAUGAAUGUUUAAAGGUUCCAGUUUUAAUUGAACUGUAAAAUCUCUAUUUCUCUUGUUGUUUACGUUGUCAUUUUAUGGUCGUUUAAUGUAAAUUAUUGAAGCUUUUUUAAUCUUCAUGUUGUGCACCUCUGUUCAAAGUAUAGUUUGUUGUAAAUUAUGAAUGGU